GGGACAAUCCCAAGCAAAAAUCGGAUAACACCAAUAACACAGAGCACGAAACAAGACAUCAAUUUAACGGUCAAAAACAACCGACUUCCCAAAUCCAACGGCCAUCGUUUCUUCUCCUAGUGCUCGCCGGGAAAAUAUAAGUUCUCACAAUCUGCAAAUUUUCAAUUCAAAAUUUUUCCUUGAAAAUUCCUCUCAAAUGGCACAAAUUUCCUUAAAUUUUCAGUUUAAUACCAAGUAUUUGUACAGACACACUUUCUUCUGCAAUCGUUACGGUUUUUUACACGAAAAAAAAACCAUUUCUUUUGUCAAUAAAAAUUCCCCUUUUCGUCCACACGCUGUUGUAUUUUCCAAAUCCCUAAAUGGGUUUCAAUUUUUAGUGAAGAAACGUGAAAUAUUUGCCCGAGCUAACGGGUCAUGCGAGCAAGAUUCGGAUUCGACGGAAAAAACCGAAUCUUCAGCUGAAAACAGCAAGAAAAAUCCGGGUUCGGAUACGGGCUCGGGUCGAGUUCCUGGGUCGGGUCCAGGCCGGAAGGACAGUUGGUGGUCAAAGCGGAGGAAGUUGAGGUGGGAGCCGAUAGUACAGGCUCAAGAGAUUGGGGUUUUGUUGUUGCAAUUGGGGAUUGUGAUGUUUGUUAUGAGGUUGCUCCGACCUGGUCUGCCUUUACCCGGGUCGGACCCUAGAGCCCCGACAAGUUUUAUUAGUGUACCUUACAGUGAGUUUUUGAGUAAGGUGAAUAGUAAUCAGGUGCAGAAAGUUGAGGUUGAUGGUGUACAUAUUAUGUUUAAGUUGAAAAGUGAAGUGAGUAGUAGUAGUGUUGUUGUAGAGAAUAAUGAGGAUAGUAAGUUGCAAGAAUCUGAGGCAUUGUUAAGGAGUAUGAGUCCUACAAAGAAAAUUGUGUAUACGACGACAAGACCAAUUGAUAUAAAGACCCCUUAUGAGAAAAUGCUUGAAAAUGAUGUUGAGUUUGGUUCUCCAGAUAAAAGGUCUGGUGGUUUCUUGAAUUCUGCAUUGAUAGCUUUAUUCUAUGUUGCUGUACUAGCAGGGCUUCUUCAUCGCUUCCCAGUAAACUUUUCUCAGAGCACAGCUGGUCAGCUCAGAAAUCGCAAGUCAGGGGGUUCAGGUGGCGCCAAAGUAUCUGAACUUGGGGAAACUAUCACAUUUUCUGAUGUUGCAGGUGUUGACGAGGCUAAGGAGGAGCUAGAAGAGAUUGUGGAAUUUCUUAGGAAUCCAGAUAAGUACAUACGGCUUGGUGCACGUCCUCCUCGUGGUGUUCUACUGGUAGGUCUUCCGGGGACAGGAAAAACACUUCUAGCAAAGGCCGUCGCUGGGGAAGCUGAGGUUCCUUUCAUCAGUUGUUCUGCAAGUGAGUUUGUAGAAUUGUAUGUUGGUAUGGGAGCAUCACGCGUCCGGGACCUGUUUGCACGGGCAAAGAAGGAGGCACCUUCAAUAAUUUUUAUCGAUGAGAUAGAUGCUGUGGCAAAAAGCCGUGAUGGUAAAUUCCGCAUUGUAAGCAAUGAUGAAAGAGAGCAGACACUGAACCAACUACUCACUGAGAUGGAUGGAUUUGACAGUAAUUCUGCUGUAAUUGUCCUUGGAGCAACAAAUCGCUCUGAUGUUUUAGACCCUGCUCUUCGCCGACCUGGAAGAUUUGAUCGUGUAGUGAUGGUGGAAGCGCCUGAUAGGGCUGGAAGAGAAGCUAUCCUAAAUGUACAUGUCUCCAAGAAAGAACUUCCCCUGGCACAAGAUGUUGAUCUUGGCAACAUCGCUUCUAUGACUACUGGUUUCACGGGGGCAGACCUUGCAAAUCUAGUGAAUGAAGCUGCUUUGUUGGCAGGAAGGCAGAAUAAAGUUGUAGUUGAAAAAGAAGAUUUCAUUCAAGCUGUUGAGCGUUCAAUUGCGGGCAUUGAGAAGAAGACUGCCAAGCUGCAGGGCAGUGAGAAGGCUGUAGUUGCAAGGCAUGAAGCAGGGCAUGCAGUUGUUGGGACUGCUGUUGCUAAGCUUCUUUCUGGGCAGCCACGCGUUGAGAAGCUAAGCAUAUUGCCGAGAUCUGGAGGGGCUUUAGGAUUUACUUAUAUUCCUCCAACCAAUGAGGACAGAUAUCUGCUCUUUGUUGAUGAAUUACGUGGAAGAUUGGUCACUCUUCUUGGUGGACGUGCAGCGGAAGAAGUAUUGUACUCUGGACGUGUAUCUACAGGUGCUCUUGACGAUAUACGCAGAGCAACAGACAUGGCCUACAAGGCAGUGGCUGAAUACGGUCUUAAUGAAACCAUUGGCCCUAUUUCAGUGGCAACUCUUUCCAGUGGUGGAAUGGAUGAUAGUGGAUCCAUGCCCUGGGGAAGGGAUCAGGGGCAUCUUGUUGAUCUUGUUCAAAAAGAGGUCAAGGCCUUACUACAGUCUGCACUUGAUAUUGCACUUUGUGUUGUACGUGCUAAUCCCACAGUUCUUGAGGGGUUGGGAGCUCAAUUGGAAGAGAAAGAGAAAGUAGAAGGUGAAGAACUACAAGAAUGGUUGAGCAUGGUUGUUGCACCGGCAGAACUUAACUUUUUUGUUAAGGGCAAGCAAGAGUCUUUACUUCCAUUGCAAGCAAGCUCUGGAUGACAGCUGCAAGCUUAACCAAGUCAUCUGUAUCAAAAGGAAAUUCGAGUGAGGACUUCCACGUCAUCAUCUUUCCUCUUAAGGAAAACAAAGCUAAUAUUCCUGGACCAGAUGGACACGGCGUGCUGGCAUCCGGCCAGCUUGAUUUUGUAUGUGUUACUAAGGUAAUUGACAGCUACUUAACUCCUAUAAAUCCUGCUGUUAAAUACCACAAUCACAGGUUGGUAAUUUAAAGAGCAGGGGUAUACUAAAGAUCUAAUCAAGAGUUUUCUUGAUCCUAGAAGUGGAAGGAAAAUAGGCUCGUGAUCGAAGUGAUGUCUGUUGGUAUAUUUCUUCUACAUCACCUGUACAUGUGCAAUUAUUUUGGUAAUUACAAGAAUCAAUACUUAAUAUUGUACCAUACAUCUGUACUUCAUCUUACAAAGAAGUAAUCCAUGUUCUGAUGUUGUGAGAGAUGAAAACUGUGUAGACAAUGUAAUCUUUGUGAUUAUGGGACAAAAGUAUCACUAGGCUGCCAUAAUUAUUGACUUGUGUAAAUGUUGAUAGUUUUGUCUUAUUAAUUAGAUUUCUUACAGCCCUA